GGAUAAUUAAGUAUAAAACAACUGAUACACAAUUGACCCAAAAAAUCAAAAAGUGUCUGCAAAUAUCGAUCUUCGACACGCAUGCGUAUACCUUGUCUGCAUUGGCAUUGCAGAAUCCAGCGUAUUUGUAGAAAAAAGUAAGUAUAUUGUUUCUCGUUUAAUUUGUAAACUAACAACUAAAUUAUUGAGUAUGGUUAUAGCUUUUGACUAAUUAGGACAUAUAAAAACAUUCAUAUGUCCUUAAAUAUAGAUAUAUUUUAGUCUAUACCAUGCGAAAUAUAGUGAAAGGUAAAGUUUUAUAUUUCUACUGCAAUGCGUGUUUUGACAUCGGUGUCAUACGGUAGUUCUCAAAUCUCUAGUUUCGUUAGAAGACUUAGAAGGUGAGAUUUUCACUGCACAACGUACUUAUCAGAUCACGAUAUAUAGAAGGGGCGAGUGAAUUUAACAAGUCACAUAUUAUCAGCACUGAUGAAGAUUUGGGCUUACGGAUCGAAAGCUUUGCAUAAAUUUACGUGGUGUUUCUACAAACAGAAAGUAUUAUAGCGUACUUAUUCUUCUAAAAAUUUAAGUUGGAAUAAAAACAUUUUGUUUCAAGGUUUCAAAUACAAAAUUUUAUAGUAUAUGACCGUGCUUGACUGUAAUAAAACCCUGCUUAAUUCAGUGGAUUGUAAUAAGACCCUGCUUCAGUGGAUUGUGAAAGAUACAAAAUAACAACAAAGUACAAAGAAAAUUUGGCUCACAUUGCUUUACUCAAAGAUAACUGCAUUUCAUUAAUCAAGUUUAGGGGUAUAUUAUGACCUAGAACUACAUUAGCUACCUUGUACUAAGUAGUGAGAUCAAAAGAUUCUGUGAUGGCAACUGGACAAUUGAUACACCUAAUCUCCUAGUUCAGUGCGCUUUGCAGUUUCACAUGGAGCCUCAUCUGUUGGAAGAGAAAAUUUAGACCGAAAGUAUAAAAGUCUUCAAAGUUUUCUUCACUCAGCCUGGGAGAGUGCUGGUUAAAUCAGCCAAAAUUCCUGAUUAGAACUGUACGAGUUUGACGUACAGAUUUAAAAUGAUUUUAUUUUUGCGUUCCCAGAUCACAAAGAUAUGGAUAAAGGAGGUGAAAGUCCUACGCCAAGCAAGCAAGAUUCUGAUGAUACAAAUGAAGAGGACAUUGUGGAAAGUGAUGAAAGAACACAACAGCAAGGAGAGAGACAAAUGAUAACAACGUCACCCCAGGCUAGUGAAAAUCCAGUUACGGCGCAUGACCCUGGGAGUGACCGUAGGCCUCCAAUACAGGAGACUGGUGAUGGUCAAGCCAUGGAUUAUGGUUCAGGUGCCGAUCCUGAUUUGGAAGAAGAAUUAGGAGGAAUGAUUAUUGGGCAGAGUGAUGGCAAUGGUCAGGUGGAGAUCUUGGUGAUGUCAGUUGAGACCUCUCCAGCCAUUGUAAAUGGACUUUGAAGUUUUUCUAACUAUGAUUUAAAGAAACGCUGGCGGCUCGUCCAAUUUGGCAAAAUUUCCAAACAUCACAAGUACUAUUAAUCCCUAAUUGUACAAGCAACUUAAUUCGCAUUACUUGUUUAUUAUUAGCAUGACAAAAUUAGAGAAUUCUCAAUGUCAACACCAUAAAAGCCCAGUCCUGGCAGACUUUCAACCAAAAUUUGGUGCCUUUGUUCGUAUUUUCAUUUAGUUAUUUUGCUUUACUGUAAGUUCCUCUAGGGCAAUUUCAUUUGUGUUUAAAUACGUUUCCGUCAUUUUGUUUGUUUUGGGAAAAUUUAUUAAUUGUACUGCAGUACAAUUAAUGAAAUAAUUGUACUCCUCCCAACCAAUCAGCAUCCAGUAAUUUUGUCAUGCAAAUAUAAUAAGUAUAUUUAAUAAUAAUGAAAUAUUCCAUGUAAGUAUGCAGCAAAAAAGCAAGAUGUUUUAUCAUGACACGUGUUCAGCUAUGCAGUAAGGAAGUUAAGGCUGAUGAACUUUUAUGAAACAUUUCUUGUUCGGACACACGUAAAGUAAUUCGACAAUAGUUGUAAAUAUUGUUUUGGUAUAAAAUUUGUACUAAAA